CCCAGUGGCCAUUUGUUUGUUCAUCUGAUCUUCUCCAGCCUCUCCACUACCGCAGAUCCCCUUAGGAAUAUGUGGGCUUUCCGGUCAUUACGCCCGACUACUGUUUUCCGCUCAUCACCAGCUCGGCAAGCGCCUCGACACGUGCGUCAUCAGAGCUACUACCGCUUUGGCCGUGGAGGUCAAUAUCAACGAUUCCAGCAGGCUGCUAGCAUCUUUACGCGAUGGAGCGCACGCCCUACAUUCUAUUAUGAAGUAGGCGGCAUCGGUGCUGCAGUUGGUGGAUUUUACGUGUAUCAUCUUGAGACUGUCCCUGUCUCUGGAAGGCGCCGUUUCAAUGUCGUUAGCACGAAUAUGGUGGAAAUCACGUCUCAGCAGAUGUAUGCUGAAAUCAUGAACGAGUAUCGCGCUAAUAUACUACCUCCACACGAUAAGCGCGUCCAAAUGGUCCGGCGGGUCCUUGAUCGCCUCAUUCCGGCCUCGGGUCUUACAGAUGCGAAAUGGGAAGUCAAUGUGAUCGACGAUCCUCAAAAAAAUGCAUUUGUUAUACCGGGAGGCAAAGUGUUUGUUUUCUCUGGGAUCCUGCCUAUCUGCGGCGGUGAAGAUGGGUUGGCGGCGGUCCUGGGUCAUGAAAUUGCACACAAUGUUGCGGAUCAUGCUGCGGAAAGAAUGAGUAACAGUAUCAUCCUCCUUGGUUUGGCUACCCUUGUCGAUUUCGCGUUGGGAGGCACUGGAGGGCUCUCGAGUAUGCUGUUCGACCUCACGUUUUCGAAGCCUGGCAGCAGAGCUCAAGAGUCGGAAGCAGACUACAUCGGACUGAUGAUGAUGGCGCAAAGCUGCUAUAAUCCUGAAGCAGCCGCUCAGCUUUGGGCAAGAAUGGAAAAGAUGGAGGAAGUUUCGAUUCCACAGUUCCUCAGUACCCAUCCUUCGAGCCACAAUCGCGGAGAUAAAAUUAGGGAGUGGCUUCCGGAAGCGUUCGACAAAAUGCAGGAUUCAGGUUGUUCUUCGGCGCUGAACUACGAUGAAUUUCUUCAGAAAUUUAGACAAAACUCUUGGUGAUGUCGACCCGUGGUUAGGAGGCAAAACGGCCUAUAGAUAAGAUAUCUAAUGGAUUUGUAACUUUUAGUUCUUUCCCACUGGCUAUUAUCAUACUAUUAACGUCCUUCACCUAUGAGCAAAAGAUCACCGUUUAACAAAGCUAGC